AUGAUCCAGAACGAAGAAGCCAAGGACGACGAAGAUCGAGCUCCGGCGGGUGCCAAGGGUAGCAAAAAGCUCGAAGUCGAAACUGGCUCCAAACGAGGCCGACCUGGUGGCGGGUAUGCCGAUAAGCAGCCAUACUUAUCGAUGGAUCAAGUCGCAAAACACAAUCUCAGUAACGACGCUUGGGUGGUCAUAGAUGGGAAUGUAUGGGACGUGUCGGACUUUCUGCCACAUCACCCUGGAGGGUCCCGUAUCGUACUUGCGAACGCCGGAAAAGACGCAACAGAAAUUUAUAAGGAACUUCAUCCGCCAAACACCAUCGAGAACAACCUCAGUCCAAAGCAUUUCAAGGGAAGAAUAGACCCGGAGCUAGCGAAGGAGGCAAGUCACGCCGCAGAAAUGAAACGUAUCCAAGAUGCUAGGGAGGCACUCCCAGCGGUAGAAACCAUUCUAGGACUUCAGGAGAUGGAGGACGCUGCCAAAGCCGUCUUGAGCACGAAGUCAACAGCUUACUACGAGACUGGAGCUCUGGACCACGUCACUCUGAAGGAGAACAGCAAGACAUUCAGGAAAUGCCGCCUGGUUCCGAGAGUGAUGCGGGAUGUCGGAACAACCUCGACCAGAACGAAAAUCUUCGGUCUACCUUCCGCGCUUCCGAUCUACGUCUCACCGGCCUCCAAUGCACUUCUCGGACAUCCCGACGCCGAGUUCAACAUCGUUCGAGGUGCAGCACGUACAGGUAUCGUACAGGGGGUUAGCGCGGCUAGCAGUCUUCCGCUCAACGAGCUGCUGGACGAGAAACACAACAUGGACGAGGAGAUUGAAGAGGGCAAAUGGGGAAGAGGGCUUGUUGACAGAGCGCUACUACUCACAGUCGACUCCAACGUCCUGGGUCAUCGCCAGACAAACGAGAAGCUCAAGGGUACUAUAGGCGAUGCUCAACCCGGUAUUAGGGCGGAACCGAAUACGGAAUGGCCAGCGUACCACGAUGCGCGACUCAACUGGGACGACCUGGAUUGGUUGAAGGGUCUUGCGAAAGGGACGCCCAUCUAUCUUAAAGGUGUAUGUAGCGCUGAGGACGUUCAAUUGGCAAAAGAGCAUGGGUUGGCAGGUGUUAUUCUUUCCAACCAUGGCGGCCGGCAGCUUGAUUACGCCCGGACUGGAUUCGACUCUUUGAGAUCACUGCAUCAGACAAAGCCGGAUCUGUUACGCGAACCAAACUUCGACGUGUACAUCGAUGGAGGGGUGAAGAGGGGAAGCGAUGUGCUGAUGGCGCUCGCCCUGGGCGCGCGGGGCGUCGGACUUGGACGUGCGUUCCUCUGGGCUCAGACUGCUUACGGGGAGAAAGGCGUGGUACGCGCCAUCCGGAUUAUGGAAAGCGAAAUCAUAAUGGCCAUGCGGCUACUAGGAGUCAACAGAAUUUCGGAUUUGAAGCCAGAGAACAUAGAGUGUUUGCAAGAAGUCUGGAAAUGA